CGUCACGCCAAUAUCGCGAGAAGAGAGUUCAGACAAUGUGACAUUUACAUUCUGGUGAAAAACUGAGGACUGUUAUAGCCAUGUCCUUCCGCGAUUUAAGAGAAUGCAUAGAUUCAGAGCGUGGAAUGGAGGAUGUAGGUUUGGCAGCUGGCAGAAGCCAACGGGAGAAGAAGAGAUCAUAUAAAGAUCUGCUGCGUGAGGAGGAGGAAAUUGCUGAGCAAGUUCGGAAGUCCUCUAAAAAGAGAUCCAGGGAGUUAGAUUUAUUCUUGGCAUCUGAAUCACACAAGAAGAAGAAAAAGCAUUUAACAGAUGACUAUCAUGCAGAUACCCCUUCACCAGACCUUGCAAAGAAGAAAAAGAAAGCUUUACUUCCCAGUCCUGCUCCUCCUUCUUCUUCAGACACAGCUAUGGAUCUUCUGAAAGCCAUUACUUCUCCUCAAGUGGAUACCUCCACCACACACCUCCCCAAGAAACCAGAGAAAAUACUGGCAACUCCUGUUAACUUUUCAUCCCCCAGUCAGUCAUCACACAAAGAGCAUCACAAAAAAAUUGGAGAAGUAUCUGGGGAUGAUUCUUCCCAUCGAUCAAAGAAAUCAAAACCUCUUACUCUGCGUGAGCCAGAUGGCUUAAGGAUGAAACUAAUAUUGUCUCCCAAUGAAAAGAGUGAAGAAGAGUCUGCCUCACCACAGGGGGGUCCAGGACAUAGUGAGGGUGCAUCUUCUAAGAAAACCAGCAAGAAAACAGGAAGAGAGGAAACCGAGAGCAGAUCUAGCCACAAAAAACACAAAAAGGAAUCUCAUACACCACGGUCUGGUGGUACACCUGAUUCGGCAUCAUCCACUGGUGGGGAGCUGGAAGCUGGGGAACUGAUCAUUGAUGAUUCUUUCCAUGAAAUGAAAAAAAAGAAGAAAUCAAAGAAAAGCAAAAAGAAAAAAGACAAACACAAGGAUGAAAAACACAGAAAACAUAGCAAAAGUAAAAGAGAGCAUGAGGGGGAGCAAAGACCAACGCAAAUUGCCUCUCCUGUGCUGCCCUCACCACCUCCUCCCACUGCUACAACACCAACUUCACCACCAUCUGUACCUCCACAAGCACUCAUUACUCACGCAGAAGAACAGUUGGAUAAGAAGAAGAAAAAAGAGGACCCAGAGAAGCCCAAAAAGAAGAAUAUGUCUGCUUACCAGGUCUUCUCCAAAGAAUAUCGAGGUAGCAUCAUUGCAGAGCACCCAGGAAUUGACUUUGGGGAGUUAAGUAAGAAACUUGCUGAGGUGUGGAAGCAGCUUCCGGAAAAAGAUAAACUUGCUUGGAAACAAAAGGCUCAGUAUCUCCAGCACAAACAGAACAAAGCUGAGGCCACUACUGUGAAACGGAAAUCCAGCUCCUCUGAGUCUGCUGCAAGGAGCAAAGGCUCAUCUUCCGGUCUCCCCUCCCCAAACAAGAAGUCACCAACCAGUGUUGUUUCCUUCUCCACCUCUCCAGCCAAGGUCCCUGACACAGAGCCAAUUGAUGUAGCUGCACAUUUGCAGCUGCUAGGGGAGUCUCUAAGCCUAAUCGGACACCGCCUCCAGGAGACAGAAGGAAUGGUUGCUGUCUCUGGCAGUCUGUCUGUGCUACUGGAUUCUAUCCUGUGUGCCCUGGGCCCAUUGGUAUGUCUUACAAGUCAUGUGCCACAGCUCAAUGCUUGCCCCAAGCAAAUACUGUCAAACACAUUGGACAACAUUGCCUACGUGAUGCCUGGCUUAUGACAGUAAAGGACUUGUUGGUAAAAGAGAGAAUAAAUAAAGGGCAUCAGAUGCCAGAUUUUAUAUUUGUACAGUAUUAAUGGUAUACAAAGUAUACAGUAUUUUAUACUCACUGUCUUUUAUUGUCUUUUAGAAGUCAGCACUGAAUACAUCUAUUUAUUUGGCCUGGGUGCAGGUACACUGGUGUUGAAAUGCAUACUUGCACAUUUCAGGGCUGAAAUCCUCUCCGUGUACCUGCACCCUGCCCAACGCAGUGGCACCUGGUGCAGACAUAUGAGAGGGCUGAUUCUUGCCUUGCAUUGAUCUGCAGGCCGAAAAACAGCCCAUUGUUGCAUUAGCCUUAUAUGAGGGCUUAUAUACAUAUAGUAAUAAAAUAAUUUUAAAAAUAGAAUCUACUUCCUGUUUGCUGGACCAUAUCAGAUAGCAUUCUUAAUUUCACGUUGAAGAGGAGCAGACUAGAAUCACAAAGAAAUAAAAAGACCUAAUGUGAAUGACCCAUGGCAGAGCUGAUUGGAUUACUUCUAUGUAGCAUAUAAGAAAAGUACAGUGAAUUUCAGCUGCGUGUGCCUGCAACCGGGCGGGUUCAUUGCUCCCUGGGGCAGCCACAACGAGAAUGUUUGUUUUUUCAAGUGUACGGACGUAUUGUUAGCCUUCGCUUAUCGGCAGGCUGACAAUAUGCCCUGUUUGACCUUGCCCUAAAUCUUAAAUAUAAAUGCCUUUUUUACCCAUCAAAUUUAGUCUUCCUUCAACAUCAUAGUUUUGAAUUUAUACCAUUUUUCUAAGAAGGUCAAAUACUGCCUUUAAAUGAAGGGUCUUCUAGUGUUGUUUUAGUAAGGUUCCAUAGUUUUUUCUCCUGCAGUUUUCUGCUGGCUGAGAAUUACCCAUGACUGCCUCCUGCACCUCUAAUUUACACUUACAAAAACAGGGACCAAUGAUUAGAUCAUACAGCAACGGGGCUAUAGAGACCCAUCAAACCUAUUUAAUAGAUAUCUGGUGGAUUUUCAGAUUGAUUUUGCUCAUACGGGCCUUCCGAAAUGACUGCAAACAGACCAAUAAGCUGUUGACUAGGUCUGGAGGGGCUGAGUUGGCUGCUUUUACAGCAGGGAAACAUCAACGCUUUUCUCAGUAAAUAUAUUUCUAAUGGGGCUAUUGACAUGAAAUUUAUACCAGAUGUCGGCAACAACCCAAGUAAUCCACACAUAUAAAGAAAUCAAAACAAAUUAGUCCAUAAAUUAAGUUAUGUGUAGUAAAGUGGAAUGAUACAGGGAAGAAGUAUUGAACUCACAGUUAUUGAAAUGUAUUUAAUACUUAGUAGAAAAGCCUUUGUUGGCUUCAAGGUGCCUCCUGUGUGGAGAAACUAGUUUCAUGCAUUGCUCAGGUGGGAUUUUGGCCCGUUCUUCCACACAAACUCAGUGCCAAUUUUCUUAGAAUGUAAUUUUCAGCCGUUUGGGUUAGCUACACAUUAUGUCAGUGAUUCCAAAACUGUGGGUCUGAGGCCUGGAGCAAUGGCAGGGUGGUUGAAUUAUGGUAGGAUUUGGGGGAAAAAGCCUAUUUGCUCUCCUAGAUACACUUGAACGCACAGUAAAACAAAAAAAGGUUAUUUGUGGUAAACCCUUUCAUUUGCUGUCCUGGGUAUACUUAGGCCUGGGCCUAGUGCAGCAUGCCGCCCAGCUGCAUCUAAAUUGGUUCUGAAAGUACUGGCAACACCUAGGAGAUUGGAUAGCUCUUUAAAUCUCCCAUGCCAGUCUCCAGACCCAAUGAGGAAGGACUUGCACAGGUACACAUUCUCACAAAAGGGGAGGGGGGGUUUCAAUGAGCGGUGCUGGCCUAGGAGCACCCGCUGAUUAAAUCUAGGCCUGGUCUGAAUAUUUAAUACACAAUCAUUUUCUGUACUUGUAACCUCGUUAUGAACUAAGGGGGUGCCCUGAGCAACGACUGUGUAAAUAUUGGAUUGAAUUCUUUAUUUAUCUAAUUGAUUUGGAUGAAAGAUAUAAUGAGCGGGAGGGCGUGUGUGUAGGAAAGGCUGUAAUUGUUAUAUAAUAAUUACAUCAUGCUUUCAGUAUUGCAAGUUCUAAACAAAAUAAAAGAUGUAGGAAAACUGCUUUCUUUUUGUAUUGUAACAUUACCAACUGAUCUUAUAUUUUAUUUCAAUGACACAGAAGUGUAAACAGUCCUGCAUUGUCUUUGUGUAUCAUUUUUAAGAUUGUUUUUAAUAGUUUUUUAUUAAUAAAAAAUAAAACAUGA